UUUCCUGAACAAAAUGUGAAAAUGGCUUCUUAUAGUUGGAUUGAUUUGGGUAUCCAGCAUUUAUCAGAGUCUGUGUUUGUGGGACUGCGUCGCAUAGUGGGGACCUCUCAACAGGUGGCCAUGAGGAGAGAAAUACUUGAAAUGGACGAAGUGAUACAGGAUCAAGCUUUUUUAAGUGAUAAAUUUAAAUUGAUAACAAGUGGCAGUUAUAGGGAAGGAUUCAGGCUACAGGGGUCAGAUGUAGACAUGAUGAUCUGGUUAAAUCACUUCAAAAUAAUCUGGGACUUGGAUCAGGCUCAGAAUUAUGAUUUAAAUAGAAAAACACUGAUUCUCAGUGUUUGUUCGGAAAGUCCACCUGGAUUUGCUUUACUUGAAUUAUUGACAGAGACUAACCAGGUAUAUCUAAAGAAUUCAUGUAUAAGAAUCAAUGACAGACUCUAUAUAUCAAGUUCUAAGUUCAGAAGUAUUCAUUGUUAUUCUGGAUUUAGGGAACAUGGUCCUUGUAGUUAUGUUGUUCAAGCGGAACUAGAAUUUGACUUUGCCCACUGUUUUGUCUGACUUUUGGCCUCCUCCCGCCUUCCAAUGGAGAAACAGGUGUCACUCAUGGCCCCCGCCUCCUAUCAUUGAUGAAAUAGUCCGAAAAGGGUGUCAUUUUGUAGCAA